AUUGUAUCUGGAACAGAGCGACUUUCAUGAGAAGUUUACUGGUGGGGACGUUUGUGUGGAUAGAUCCUCAGAAUCCGUGACCUGCCAGACUUUUGAACUGACGUUGAGGUCUUGCCUUUAUCCACACAUAGACAAGCAGUACUUGGAAUGUUGUGGCAAUCUAAUGCAAACUUUAAAGAAGGAUUAUAGGCUGGUAGAAUAUUUGCAAGCAAUGAGAAAUUUUUUCUUACUUGAAGCUGGAGAUACCAUGUAUGACUUCUAUACGUCUAUUUUUGACAAAAUUAGAGAAAAGGAGGCUUGGCAGAAUGUCACUUUCUUAAAUGUUCACCUGCAAGAAGCAGUUGGGCAACGCUAUCCAGAGGACAGUUCAAGGUUGUCCAUAUCAUUUGAAAGUGUUGAUACAGCAAAGAAGAAGCUCCCUGUCCACACCUUGGAUGGUUUGACAUUGAGUUACAAGGUUCCUUGGCCUGUGGAUAUCGUUAUAAGCUUAGAGUGCCAAAAAAUUUACAAUCAAGUUUUUUUGCUCUUACUGCAAAUAAAAUGGGCCAAAUAUAGUCUAGACGUUUUAAGAUUUGAUGAACUGGUCUGUGCUGCAGAAAACUCACAGGUUAAGGAAGGAACUUCAUUAGAACAAGGAACGCUUCCUCUAUUUGGAUCGCAAACAGAAAGUAUAAAACAACAGAUACAUCGCAUGUUCCUCUUAAGAGUGAAACUUAUGCAUUUUGUUAACAGCCUGCACAACUACAUCAUGACUAGGAUUCUUCACAGUACUGGCUUGGAGUUUCAACAUCAGGUAGAGGAAGCCAAAGAUUUAGAUCAAUUGAUAAAGAUUCAUUACAGAUAUCUAUCUACAAUCCAUGAUCGCUGCCUACUGAGAGAAAAGGUGAGCUUUGUGAAAGAAGCUAUAAUGAAAGUGUUAAAUUUAGUGCUGAUGUUUGCAGACCGCUGGCAGGCUGGUUUGGGGGCUUGGAGGAUGGAAUCCAUAGAGAAGAUGGAAUCUGAUUUUAAAAACUGUCACAUGUUUCUUGUCACUGUUCUCAACAAGGCUGUCUGUCGAGGCUCUUUUCCUCACUUGGAAUCAUUAGCUUUGUCGCUGAUGGCUGGCAUGGAACAAAGCUAA